CUUGCGAUUUGUUUCAAAAUUCUAAGUUAUCUAAUUUUUGCAAAAAUUUAGUUUGUUGGAAGAACUUUGCAAUUUAUUAUCAUCAACCAAAAAUAUCUCGAAAAUUGAAUAUCUAUUGAGUAAUAAAUUUAAUUACUGAUGAUAAUUUUAUCACCGCAAAAUGGAGUUAUCGAAAUAUGAAUGAUGAAGAAUGAAAUAAAAAAAAGCAUGCGCAAGUUCUGAACUUUUGAACUUUUAAAUUUCAAUGCAGUGGAAAAGAGGAGAGGAUUCAAUUCAGUAGUGAACAGUAUUCUUUAGUAUCUCAUAAUGAUCUCCAACAAAAUUUUGAAUAUAUGCCAGCAGGUGUCUAGAAGGAAUAACAUUCCAGUAACGCAAUUAUUUAGACAAUUUUCAAAUCAUCCAAAUUUUAAAACUGAGGUCUGUUCAACAUUGGAUUCCAUGAAUCGAUUACCCCUUACUGAACUAACAGAAAAUGAAGUUGUCAUGAAAGAAACUGUACAGAAAUUGUCUAAGGAGCAGAUUGGACCUUAUGUUCGAGAAAUGGAAGAAAAAGGAAGAUUCAAUGAUUCUGUUAUGGAAAUGUUAUUCCAAAAUGGGUUGCUUGGUAUUGAAAUAGAAGAAUGUUAUGGUGGGGCAGGUUGCAAUUUCAUGACAACAAUUCUAACUGUUGAGGAAAUAUCUAAAGUUGAUCCCUCCGUUUCUGCUUUAGUGGAUAUACACAACACCCUAGUCAAUUCAAUAUUGAUCAAGCUGGGUACACCAGAACAAAAACAGAAUUACUUGCCUAAAUUGGCUCAAAAUAUGGUUGGUAGUUUUGCAAUAACUGAACCUUCCUCAGGAUCAGAUGCUUUUGCAUUAAAAACAACUGCAAAAAAAGAUGGUUCUGAUUAUAUUAUAAAUGGAUCAAAAAUGUGGAUAUCCAACGCCGAUUUUGCUGGACUUUUCGUAUUGUUUGCUAAUGCAAAUCCAAUUGCAGGAUACAAAGGCAUUACUUGUUUCCUUGUAGACCGGAACUUACCAGGAGUCUCUGUUGGAAAACCAGAAAAAAAACUAGGAAUCUGCGCAUCUGGAACUUGUAUGGUUUCUUUCGAUAAUGUUCGAGUACCCGAAAGUGCAAUUUUGGGAGAAUUAGGGCAAGGGUACAAAUACGCAGCAGGAUUUCUGAAUGAAAGCCGUAUUGGCAUUGCUGCUCAGCAACUUGGAUUAGCACAAGGUUGCCUUGAUGCCACCAUCCCAUAUACUUUAGAAAGAAAGCAGUUUGGUCAACCAAUAUUUGAAUUUCAAUCCAUGCAACAUCAAAUAGCUCGAAUUGCUACCCAAAUCGAGAGUGCCAGACUGUUGGUAUACAAUGCAUCUCGUAUGGUGGAAGCUAAACUACCCUUUGCCAAGCAGGCAGCAAUGGCCAAAUUUUACGCUUCGGAGGUAGCUCAGGAGACCUGUCUGAAAUGUAUAGACUGGAUGGGAGGUGUAGGUUUCAGUAAAGAUUAUAUUCAAGAAAAAUUUUAUAGAGAUUGUAAGAUAGGUAGUAUAUAUGAGGGAACUACAAAUAUGCAGUUGAAUACCAUAGCUAAACAUAUCAAAAAAGAAUAUCAAAAUUAGUUUGGUGCUGUGUAAUUUUUUUUUUCAAUUUGUUUUCUAUAGAUUCAUUUUUAUAUUUAAUUAAUGGAUAUUAUUUUAUAAUUAUUUUUAUAUGAUCUUUAUAGCUUUAUAAAAAAUGACAAAUAUCGCAAAGACUUGGAGCUAUGCCAUUCCAUAACUAAAAAUCAAGCUGUGGUGUUUUUAAAGACUUGCUUUUAUAUGUUAUUUUGACUUUAUUUUUAUACAACUGAGUUAAUAAUUUGAUAUGAACUAUGCUUUAAAAUUCAAUAAAGAAUAUUCUAUAUAUUGUCACACAAAUUUUGUAUACUUGAGUAUAGAAAUUUCAGUUUCUAACAAGUGUAAGAGACUUCAAAUUCAAAGUUGAUUCAGAAACUCCCUGAUUAAAUCAUAAACAGCAAUUGAGUACUGAAAAUGCUAGGAAUAUUGAAGUUGUUUACUGUUUUUGUGAGCUCUACUAUUUUAUUUUUUUAUUGACUGACUUGUUAGCUAUGGGUUUUUCCAUUUUAUUGAAUUUAAUAUUUUUCUUCAAUCUCAAAGAUCAUAAUUUAUUCUAACAAUUUUGUUUCGAUAUUCAAUAAAAUACUGAAUUUA